AUGGCUUCUCCACAGUCUCCUUCCGUUCGAAUUUCCAAGAUCGCUGGGCGAUACCUUGUUUUCGACUCGGAAGCUGCUGGUUUCUUGCGCCGGAGCGAGAACAUCAAUGGUGUUCUUGUGGGAACGGCGCCUCAGCAGCCAACUCAAAAUAUUUUCCUUGGGCUUCCCAUCGAACUCCGCCCAGAGGAGGCUGAAUCACUGCUACGGAAGAAUGUGGCUUAUUUAGUAGACGACGUAGCUGCCCACCAGGCCGUGCUGCAGAACCCCAGCUCCGAGGCAAGGAGGCUAUAUCUCGAUUCGCUUAAAACAAGAAAGCAGACAGCCCAGCACGUUUUUGCUGAAAAGAAUGCCCAGAGGGCUGCUGUGGCAGAAAAGCGCGGCAAGCCUCGCCGCCCUGCACCUCCCAGCAAUACUGAAGAGGAUGCAGUCUUUGCAAGUGACCAGCCUGAACCAAUUAUCCGUCAACAGGAAUCUGCUAUCAAGUCUAUGGGUGUCACCCCUACGUCUAGUGGGCCUUUAAUCUCAUCAGAGGCUGAACGGGUAUACCAGGCUACUAACCCUACACAAGGUCCCUUGUGUGGUUUCCUUCUAACGUCUGGCUAUUAUAUGACCCCUGGUCUACGCUUUGGUGCCAAGUACAGCGUCUAUCCUGGCGAUCCCCUCCGAUUUCACGCUCAUUUUAUGGCAAAUCAAUACGACUGGGAUGAAGAAAUCCCCGUCCUGGACAUCGUAGCAGGAGGUCGUCUUGCUACCGCCGUAAAGAAAGCGUACCUCAUCGGAGGGCGGCAACCGCAGACAGACGAGUCGACUGAUGAUGGAGGGAUGAGAACCUUUAGUAUUGAAUGGGCUGCUAUGUAA